AUGACCCCGGCUGGAGAAUAUGAGAUCAAUCGAAAGAAACCCGCGCCCGCGCCUUUCCCGCAAGGGAAGGCCGGUGCUACUAAGAAGGCCGCAAAGAACCCGCUCCUCGAGAAGCGAGCCCGAAACUUUGGCAUCGGUCAAGACGUUCAGCCUCCCCGCAACCUAUCUCGCAUGGUGAAAUGGCCAGAAUAUGUUCGUCUCCAGCGACAAAAGAAGAUUCUGAACCUGCGCCUCAAAGUACCUCCUGCGAUCGCGCAAUUCUCAAACACCCUCGACCGAAACACCGCCGCCCAGACGCUCAAGCUCUUGAACAAGUACCGCCCUGAGACCAAGGCGCAGAAGAAGGAGCGUCUCCUCCAAGAAGCCACUGCUGUGCAGGAAGGCAAAAAGAAGGAGGAUGUUUCGAAGAAACCCUACACCGUGAAAUACGGGCUCAACCACGUAGUGGGACUGAUUGAAGCCAAGAAAGCCUCGUUGGUCCUGAUCGCGCACGACGUGGACCCGAUCGAGCUCGUUGUCUUCCUCCCCGCUCUUUGCCGCAAGAUGGGUGUCCCCUACGCCAUCAUCAAGGGCAAGGCCCGCCUCGGAACCGUGGUCCACAAGAAGACCGCCGCCGUGCUGGCUCUGACCGAGGUCAAGGGCGAGGACAAGGCCGAGCUGAGCAAGCUGGUCAGCGCUGUCAACGAGGGCUUCAUCACCAAGUACGAGGACCACCGACGUCACUGGGGUGGUGGCAUCAUGGGUCCCAAGGCCGUCGCCAAACAGGAGAAGAAGAGGAAGGCCAUCGAGAGCGCCAUCAAGAUCUAA